AUGGAACGAAUUAACAAAAGCCAUCCAGAAGAGUUUAUUCUACUAGGCUUUGCAGAUCGUCCCUGGCUGGAGCUUCCUCUGUUCAUUAUUCUGCUUCUAACAUACCCCAUGGCCAUGGUGGGAAACAUAGCCAUCAUUCUGGUGUCCAUCUUAGACUCCCGUCUGCACAGCCCCAUGUAUUUCUUCCUCACCAACCUCUCCUUUCUGGACAUGUGCUACACCACAAGCAUUGUCCCUCAGAUGCUAUUUAACCUGGGAGGAUCUGAGAAGACAAUCAGCUAUCUGGGCUGUGCCAUUCAGCUUUAUUUCUUCCACAUAAUGGGAGGCACAGAAUGUCUGCUUUUGGCUAUUAUGUCUUUUGAUCGCUACGUAGCCAUCUGCAAGCCUCUGCACUACACCCUCAUCAUGAAUCGGUGCACCUGUAUCCUACUGGUGGCCACUGUGUGGCUGGGUGGAAUGACCUACGCUGUCUCAGAGGCCACUGUCACAUUACACUUACCACUGUGUGGUCACAACACACUGGAUCACUUGAUAUGUGAGAUUCCUGUUCUGAUAAAGGCCGCCUGUGGUGAGAAGGGCACCAAUGAGCUCACACUCUCUGUGGUUUGCAUUUUCAUGUUAGCUGUGCCACUAUGCUUCAUUCUCGCUUCCUAUGCUUCUAUCGGACAUGCUGUAUUUAAGAUUAAAUCUUCGGAGGGAAGAAAAAAAGCCUUUGGCACAUGUUCCUCCCAUCUCAUUGUAGUUUUCUUCCUUUUUGGUCCAGGCAUUAGCAUGUACUUUCAGCCCCCCUCCAUCUCUAGGGACCAGCCCAAGUUCAUGGCUCUCUUCUAUGGAGUGGUGACUCCUACACUCAACCCUUUCAUCUACACUCUGAGGAAUAAGGAUGUAAAGGGUGCAUGGGGCAACCUGGUGAGGAGCGUUUUCACUUCCAAGUGA